AAUAGAAGUCGGCCUUUUCUUGAAUCUAAUGAGGUUUUUGCUUCUUUUAAACUGUUGUAAUGUUUAAAUAAUGUCGACAUCGAGCGCCUUUUGCUGUAUUUGCAUUGAGACUGCAACGAAUCUCGUCAGCGUGUUGCAAAUCGACGAACGUGACACAAAAUAUGUUAAAAAAUUAAAAGUUUGUGAACCAAACCAGGAUUGGGAGAGCGAGCAGCUUAGCAUUUGCAAACUUUGCAUUGGUCGACUGGAUCUGGCAUAUAUUUUUAUUGAGGAUUGCCGUAAAAGUGAAACUUUGAGGAACCAAAAAUUGUUACAGCUUAGGGACAAAAAUAAUGUGGGAGAAUUCAUUAAUCUAAUUGAGUGUGAUUUGAAAGAAGAAUCGACGUGUAAGGAAAAAUCAAAAAAUAUAUUAGAAUGUGAUACAUGCAAGAAACAGUUCAAGCAGAAACGCUUUCUUAAGCUACAUAUAACCCGGAUUCAUAGUAUUAAAAAGAAAAUAAUUGAAGUUAAUGAAAAAGUGGAAGUGAGUGAAGAUAAGGAAAACAGUGAGUUAGAGUUAAUUAAAACUGGCAGCGAUAGUGACUGUGAUGAUGAAUUUUUUGAAAAUGGAGGUUUUGAUGAUAAUAAUAUACCUAGUGAUGAGGAAGUAAUAAGGCAACCUAAACUUAGAAAAAAGUAUGCCAAAAGGAAAGAUCCAUUGAAUUGUGAAUAUUGCGGCAAACUCUUUAAUCGAAGACAACAUUGGUCAGCUCAUAUAAGAGCUAAUCACACAUUUGAGAAGCCCUACCAGUGCAGUCUAUGUGAAGCUAGUUUUAUUAAUUCCCACAGUUUGUUGGUACACAAAAGAAAACACAAUAAUGAGAAACCUUAUAUAUGCAGCUCUUGUGGCAAGAGCUUCGUGUGCUCAGGGGACUUAUACCACCAUAGCAAAAUUCAUUUAAAUAAGCGGGAAUACCAGUGCAAUGUAUGUGAAAAAAGAUUUAACACAACCAGUAUUUUGCGCACCCAUAAGAUUGUUAAGCAUAUGGACCCCAAGGAAUGGAAAUAUGCCUGUUCAAUCUGUGAUCGGCGGUUCCCCAUAAACAGUGGUCUCGCUAUCCACAUGAAACGUCACGCCGGCGUUAAAGACUUUUCCUGCCAUAUCUGUGACAAAAAAUUCUUCAACAAGUCUGAAGUUACUAAACAUGUUCUAAGCCACUCAAGCGAGAGGCGCUUCAAAUGCCCCAAUUGCGAAGAAAAGGAGUACAAAAAUCGGGAAGGGCUUAGAAAACACCUGAAGCUUGCCCACGACAUUGGCAACUGGAAACCUCCCAAGCAAGACAAAAAGUUCCUUUGCCCUAUGUGUCCCAAACUGUUCAAUUUUAAUAAUAAGCUGCAGAGACAUAUACUGACUCAUACAGGAGAGAAACCUUUUAAGUGUGAGCACUGCGACAAGAAAUUUAUAGAUAAUUACUACCGAAAAGUCCACUUGAGAAAAGACCACAAGAUCGUGGAGUGUGAUGAAAACAAAUACUAA